CUGUCCUUCGGCGUUUUAUUCUUCUCCUUCACAGCAAUCAUGGUGACACGGGCGCUGUAGGCCGAGGUUUCAGGGGGACAAAAGGAGCGCUGGAGACCAGAAGGUGUGCAGAUGGACUCCCAGGCGCAGUUCAGGCCUCCCAGAUUGUGGGUGGGCACGAGGCUCAGCCCCAUUCUCGGCCUUAUAUGGCGUCCCUGCAGCUGAGCAGGUCCCCUGGGAGCCACUUCUGUGGUGGCACUCUGAUCCACCCGAGUUUCGUGCUAACUGCUGCCCACUGCCUGCAGGACAUCCCUUGGCAGCUCGUGACGGUGGUGCUGGGUGCCCACGACCUGCAAAGGCAGGAGCCUGAGCAGCAGAAAUUUACCAUCACGCAGGUCUUCCAGAACAACUACAACCCCGAGGAGAAUCUCAAUGAUGUGCUGCUUGUUAAGCUGAACCGGCCAGCCUCCCUGGGCGAGAAGGUGGCGGUGGCCUCUCUGCCCCAGCAGGGCCAAUCGCUGACCCAGGGCACCCAAUGCCUGGCCAUGGGCUGGGGCCGCCUGGGCACCAGCGCGCCCACGCCACGAGUGCUGCAGGAGUUGAACGUCACGGUGGUCACCUUCCUGUGCCGGGAACACAACGUGUGCACACUGGUACCACGGAGGGCAGCUGGCAUUUGCUUCGGAGACUCCGGCGGCCCCUUGAUCUGCGAUGGCAUUCUUCAUGGAGUCGACUCUUUCGUGAUCCGGGAAUGCGCCUCCCUUCAGUUCCCCGAUUUCUUUGCCCGGGUGUCCAUGUAUGUGGAUUGGAUUCACACGGUGCUGCGGGGCGCUAUGUCUUGAGCUGCCGUUCUGCACUCCAGACAGCCAGACACAGGGACGGCUUGCAAGCUCUAGCGGGGAAAAUCUGGAGUGGAGUGGUCCUUUCCAGACUUUUCCUCCUGUUAUACCACCCACACACACCCUGGAGUGGAGCCAGCUCUGUCCCCUAUUCCAUGUGACCUCAAUAAAUCUGAGAAAUAUUUAAAA